AUGGAUGCCUGGAUCUCAGCACGUCGUCCAACUGCGUUUCCAUGGAAACCCGUCUUUCACUUGACCCUGCUGCUGGUCCAGCUGAGUGUCCCUUCAGUUGCAGCUUCCUGUCGCAUACUGAGGUGCAACUCGGAAUUCGUAGCUGCAACGCUGGACUUGGGGAGCAGCGCUGGUGCAGCUGGGGGGUCCGCGGGCGGGGCUCCCCUCUCGAGAGAGGUGGUGAACGCCGGCUACUGCCGCGCCCUCCGCUCCUACGGCAUGUGUACGAGGAAAAUGGCUCGUGCGUGCCGCGGUGACUUGGCCUACCACUCGGCGGUCCAGGGAAUCGAGGAUUUGCUGAUCCAGCACCGUUGCCCGCGGGCCGGGCCCACUGCACAGCCGAGGCCUCUUCCUCAGGGCACCUUGUCAGGGGACUGCCUGUAUCUGAAGGACCAGAUGACAAAACUGGAGCAGGUCCCUGAGCUCCUGCACUGCGGCGUCUUUGGAGACCCGCACAUACGGACCUUCUACAACGACUUCCAGACAUGUGCGGUGCCAGGGGCGUGGCCUCUGGUGGACAACCAGUACCUGUAUGUCCAGGCCACCAGCACACCCAUGAGAGGCGGGGCGUUUGCCACCGCGCUCACUAAGGUGACUAUCAUCUUCAAGAACUGGCGUCAUUGUGUGGCCCAGCAGUUGUACCAGGCAGAGCUGGACAACGUCCCAGCUGCCUUCGCUGAUGGGUCUGUGUCCAGCGGUGAGCGCCACGGUCCUCACAGCCUUCUGGUGCGGACUCAGAGCCCGGGCCUCCACGCGGAAAUCCAGGCCACACACAUAGGAACGGUGCUGGUGGUGCGACAGGUGGGACCCUCACUGAGCCUGUCUGUCCGGGCGCCCCGCAGCAUCGUGGAGGCUUUCGGGUCAGAGCAGGACCUGCAGCUAUGCGUGUGGGGCUGCCCCCCCUCCCAGAGGCUCAACACCCUCCGGCCUCCUCAUGUGGCGGCGCCGCCUCUGCCCGCUCACGCUCAUUGUGGCUCCCUGCUCCCAGCACAGGACGUCUACUACAGGGCUUGCGUGUUUGAUGUGGUCACCACCGGAGACCUGAACGUCAGCGCGGCAUCUGUCGUUGCCCUGCAGGACGCUCGUGCUCUCAUCGCGGACGCAGAGACACUUCACUUGCUGUCCGUCUCAUCCGCCCAAAAUGGACUGGUUCUGGUCCACCCAACGGUGCCACUGCUGCUCGGCCUGCUUGGAGCUGUGAUCACACAAUGA